AUGGAACCCGAAUGUGACAAUUCACAGCCAAACAAGCACCGGGCUCGGCUUUUCCGUACAGGGGCCGCAGUGCUUCCCACCCGGAGCCUGACAAACAUCACCGUCACUGCAAAACCUGUGCCCUUCUGCACAGCCGCUCGUGAGCACUGUAACUGCGUCUUCGCAGCCCUGGCAGCUACGGGCCCCACUGCACUGCCAGACUCCGAAAAUGCUGCCAACUCUGUUCUCCGUGAGCGGCGUACCCCUGCCACACCACCACGGGCUCGGCCAGCCAAGCAGCCAAGGUGGGAAUUAGAACUGCUCAUUAAACACGCUGUUCGGCACAAGAGGGCCCAGGAGUCAGAGGCAGCGCCUGCCUGCACUGCCGCCCCGGGGGAAGGCGCCGAUGACGGCGACAGUGGGAACGAGAGCCGGAGCGGGAGCGAGGAGACCAGCGUGUGUGAGAAGUGCUGCGCCGAGUUCUUCAAGUGGACCGACUUCCUGGCGCACAAGAAGAGCUGCACCAAGAACCCACUGGUGCUGAUCGUGCACGAAGAUGAGCCAGCGCCGCCCGCCGAGGACUUUCCAGAACCUUCUCCCGCCAGCUCUCCCAGCGAGCCGGCCGAGAGCGAGGCCGCUGAAGAGGCCGCCCCGGCCGAGGCUGAGGGUGGCGAGCUGAAGGCCGCGGAGAAAGACAACGAGCCCAUGGACGUGGAGAGCCCUGGGGACAAAGGCUACCCGAGCCAGGGUGCGGUGGCCACUGCCAAGGACCCGCCAGCCCAGGGCCCCGAGCCCACGGCCACGGCCAGCUACAGCAUGCCCAGCACCAACGUGACCCUCGAGACCUUGCUGAGCACCAAGGUGGCUGUGGCCCAGUUCUCGCAGAGUGCGCGGGCGGCGGGCGGCGCGGGCCCGGCCGGCGGGGUCUCGGCCGUGGCCAUCCCCACGAUCCUCGAGCAGCUGGUGGCCCUGCAGCAACAGCAGAUCCAGCAGCUGCAGCUGAUCGAGCAGAUACGCAGCCAGGUGGCCAUGAUGAGCCGCCAACCAGUGCGGCCAGCCCGGAAUCCCACCGCAGCCGCGGCCGCCCCGAGCGCACCUGGGCCAGCCGCCAGCCAGCUGCAGGGCUUUGCCACACACCCUGCCCUCCAGCUCUCGGCCGUGGUGCCCCCUGCCACCACAGUGCCCACCCCCAGUGGCCCGCCGGCCACCUUCGAGGGGCCUCCGCUCCUCUCGCAGCCGGUGGCCGGGCCCAGCACCCCUGGCAUCCCCGGCAGCAGCCCCGUGGUGCCCUCGGAGCCCAGUGGCCCUGCAUCUUCCAGCACGGCCCCCACCUCAGUGACCCCUGCCUUGGUCCCCAGCACCGCCAGCAGCUCGUCCCGGCCGCAGAAUGCCCCGACGCCCCCCACUCUGGGCCCCGGGGCACUCCUGCCCCAAGCACCCAGUCUGCCAAACCCACUUCUACCUCAGACCUCCUCGAGCAGCGUCAUCUUCCCCAACCCACUGGUCAGCAUCGCGGCCACAGCCAACGCACUGGACCCCCUGGCGGCCCUCAUGAAACACCGCAAAGGGAAGCCGCCCAACGUGUCCGUGUUUGAGCCCAAGGCGAGCACCGAGGACCCCUUCUUCAAGCACAAGUGCAGGUUCUGUGCCAAGGUCUUUGGCAGCGACAGCGCCCUGCAGAUCCACCUGCGCUCACACACCGGGGAGCGGCCCUUCAAGUGCAACGUCUGUGGCAACCGCUUCUCCACCAAAGGCAACCUGAAGGUCCACUUCCAGAGGCACAAGGAGAAGUACCCCCACAUCCAGAUGAACCCCUACCCUGUGCCCGAGUACCUGGACAACGUGCCCACCUGCUCCGGCAUCCCCUACGGCAUGUCCCUGCCUCCUGAAAAGCCCGUGACCACUUGGCUGGACAGCAAGCCGGUGCUGCCGACGGUGCCCACGUCCCUGGGGCUGCAGCUCCCACCCACCGUGCCCGGCUUCACUGACUCGCCCAGCCUCACGCCGGUGAGCCGCUCCCCACAGAGACCCUCGCCCGCCUCCAGCGAGUGCACCUCCCUGUCCCCCGGCCUCAACAACUCUGAGUCCGGCGGCACAGUGGCAGCCGAGUCCCCACAGCCAGGCCUCAGCAUGGCCUCUCUGACCAAAACCGAGCCCCUCAGCCUGCCACCCCCAAAUGCCAGGGCCGGGGACCCCCCCGCCGGUGGGCAGGCCGUCCCCACACCCAUGCCCGUGGCCACCACAACCGCUGACGGCAGCGUGUCCUCGAGCCUGUCCAACCCAGUGCUUCCGGCCAUGUCGGACCAGUUCAAGGCGAAGUUCCCGUUUGGCGGCCUGCUGGACUCUAUGCAAACAUCGGAGACCUCAAAGCUCCAGCAGCUGGUGGAGAACAUAGACAAGAAGAUGACAGACCCCAACCAGUGUGUCAUCUGCCACCGGGUGCUGAGCUGUCAGAGUGCCCUCAAGAUGCACUACCGGACGCACACCGGGGAGCGGCCCUUCAAGUGCAAGAUCUGCGGCCGUGCCUUCACCACCAAGGGCAACCUGAAGACGCACUUCGGCGUGCACCGGGCCAAGCCGCCGCUCAGGGUGCAGCACUCCUGCCCCAUCUGCCAGAAGAAGUUCACCAACGCUGUGGUGCUGCAGCAGCAUAUCCGUAUGCACAUGGGGGGCCAGAUCCCCAACACCCCCCUGCCCGAGGCCUUCCAGGAGGCCAUGGACGCCGAGCCCCUCUAUGACGACAAGAGCGCGGACGCCCUGAGCAGCUACGACGACGACAUGGACGAGAACUCCCUGGAGGAGGACCCCGAGCUGAAGGAGCCGGCGGGCGACACAGCCAAGCCCCUCCUGGCCUUCCCUGGCUCCUGCCCGCCCUCCCCGCCCCCAGUCAUCUCCAGCAUCGCCGCCCUGGAGAACCAGAUGAAGAUGAUCGACUCUGUCAUGAGCUGCCAGCAGCUGACUGGCCUCAAGGCCCUGGAGAACGGGUCUGGGGAGAGCGACCGUCUGAGCAACGACUCCUCGUCGGCCGUGGGCGACCUGGAGAGCCAGAGUGCGGGCAGCCCGGCCACUUCCGAGUCAUCGUCCUCCAUGCAGGCCCUGUCCCCGACCCACAGCAAUGGUGAGAGCUUCCGGUCCAAGUCCCCUGGCCUCAGCAACCAGGAGGAGCCCCCAGAGAUACCGCUGAAGACGGAAAAGCCGGACAGCCCUGCCCUGGCGGCCGAGAACGGCGGUGCCCUGGACCUGAGGGCGGCCACCCCGGGCCGGCCGGUGGUCAAGGAGGAGGCCCCCUUUAGCCUGCUGUUCCUGAGCAGAGAACGGGGUAAGUGUAAAAGCACCGUGUGUAGCCUCUGUGGCAAGCCCUUCGCUUGCAGGAGCGCUUUGGACAUUCACUACCGUAGCCACACUAAGGAGCGGCCCUUCGUCUGCUCCGCCUGCAGCCGAGGGUGCUCCACUAUGGGUAAUUUGAAACAGCACUUGCUGACACACACAUUACGAGAGCUGCCUUCUCAGUUAUCUGACCCCGACUUUGCUCUAGGUCCCAGCCAAAGCUCUCCUAGCCUGGUUGCCAGCACCGCGCCCACCAUGAUCAGAAUGGAAGUGAAUGGCCACAGCAAGCCGGGCUCGCUGGGCGAGGGCCCCCCGCUGCCGGCCGGAAUCCAGGCCCCCGUGGGGCCACAGACAGUGAUGAGCCCUGGCGUCACUCCCCUGCUGGCCCCUCCACCACGCCGGACCCCCAAGCAGCACAACUGUCAGUCAUGUGGGAAGACCUUCUCCUCAGCCAGCGCUCUGCAGAUCCACGAGCGCACCCACACGGGGGAGAAGCCCUUUGGCUGCACGAUCUGUGGUAGAGCAUUCACCACCAAGGGGAACCUUAAGGUUCACAUGGGGACUCACAUGUGGAAUAAUGCCCCUGCCAGACGAGGCCGCCGGCUCUCAGUGGAAAACCCCAUGGCUCUGUUAGGGGGAGAUGCCCUCAAGUUUUCUGAAAUGUUCCAGAAGGAUCUGGCAGCUCGAGCCAUGAAUGUGGACCCCAGCUUUUGGAACCAGUAUGCUGCAGCCAUCACGAAUGGCCUUGCCAUGAAGAACAAUGAGAUCUCUGUCAUACAGAACGGGGGUGUCCCCCAGCUCCCUGUCAGCCUUGGUGGCAGCGCCAUCCCCCCUCUGGGCAGCCUCGGUAGUGGGAUGGACAAGGCACGCAGUGGCAGCAGCCCCCCCACUGUCAGCUUGGACAAAGCGAGCUCGGAGACAGGGGCCAGCCGCCCAUUCACGAGGUUCGUUGAGGACAACAAGGAGAUCGGUAUAAACUAG